AUGCAGUUUUGUACUCCUGAAGCGCUUACUGCUAUAGUCGCGUUAUCACCUUUUACUGUUACAGUGCUCGCUGGAGAGAAAAACCCGCUGAGGACCCUGGCCUUGAAGUGGCGUGUCCCGCCUCUCACUCCAGGUGCCAGACCGAAAAAGCUUAGUGAGACCCUCGGGGGGCCGGCCACAAAGAACGGAAAGUGCCCGGGGAAGCCCGAUGAUUCAGCCUGCAGUUACUGGAACGUGGCAGGGACGCGGCCCCACGACCUGCACAUCGAGCUCUACUCUGCAGUGGAGAGAAGGCCUCUCACCGCUACAGGUUCGCACCCUCCCCAGGCGGCCCCCAUCGCCCCACUGCCCUCCCUGCGGCGCGCACCCGCACGCCCCCCGUGCACCCGCUCACCGGCCCCACCGCCGCCGUCGUCGCCGCCACCCCGCGCACUUCCGGACGGCGGACGCCGUGACGUCACCGCCGCGCGCCGGUCGUCAGCGAAUGGGGAAAUCGCAGCGGGGCGUGGGUGGGGCCCGAGUGGGCUCUCUCCGCGGCGCCUGCCUUUCUACUACCCGGCUAGAAGCAGAGCGCGGUUUUGCCGCGCUUCUGAAGGCAGAGUACACCGCAGGCGGUGUUCCUGGGGAAUUCGAGACACCAGGGAUGUGAUUAUCAUGGCACCUGCACUACUGGUUCUGUUGUGGGCUAUGGUGAUACCAAGAGCAGACUUACUUCCCGAUAAAAACUCUUUACUUCUCCCACCUGCCAACUUCACCAUCAAAGUUAUUGGUCUAGCCCAAGUUCUUUUACACUGGGAACCAAAUCCUGAUCAAGAGCCAAAGGAUGUCGAGCUAGGGUAUCACGUGAGAAUAAAUGCUCCUCAAGAAGAUGAUUAUGAAACCAGAAACACUGAAAGCAAACGCGUAACCGUUCUUCAUCAAGGCUUUUCAGCAAGUGUGCAGACCAUCCCAUGGAAUGGCCACUCCCUCCUGGCAAGCAACUGGGUUUCUGCUGAGCUUAAAGCCCCACCGGGGUCUCCUGGAACCUCGAUUGUGAAUUUAACGUGUACGACGAACACCACAUUAAAUAACUAUAAUCUCUUAAGGCCAUACCAAGUUUCUCUUUACUGUACCUGGCUCGUUGGCAAGGAUGCCCCUGAGGAUACGCAGUAUUUCCUCUACUACAGGUAUGGCUCCUCGACCGAAGAGUGCCAGGAGUAUAGGAAAGACACGCUGAAGAGAAAUAUUGCAUGUUGGUUUCCGAGGACUUUUAUCAGUAGCAGAGGGAGCGACUCCCUGGCAGUGCAUGCUAACGGCUCAAGCAAGCAUGCUACAAUCAAGCCUUUUGAUCAGCUGUUUGCUCUGCAUGCAAUUGAUCGAAUUAAUCCUCCAGUGAAUGUCACAGCAGAGACUGAAGGAACCUGUCUUUCUAUUCAGUGGGAGAAACCCAUUUCUGCUUUUCCAAAUCAUUGCUUUGAAUAUGAAGUGAAGAUUUACAACACAAGGAAAAAUUAUUUUCAGACAGAAAAAAUGACGACGAAUACAUUCAUCUCGAUAAUUGAUGAUAUUUCUAAGUAUUGCAUUCAAGUGAGAGCAGCAGUGAGUUCUGUGUGCAGACAGAUGGGGUUUUGGAGUGAGUGGAGCCAACCUGUAUAUGUGGGAAAUGAUGAUCAGAAGCUCUCCACAGAAUGGUUUCUCAUCGUGCUUAUGGCAACCAUCUGCUUCAUCGUGUUAAUUUUCACCCUCAUCUGUAAAAUAGGUCACUUAUGGACCAGGCUGUUUCCACCGGUUCCAGCACCAAAAAAUAGUAUUAAAGAUUUCUUUCUAAUCGUCAGACCUGAGAAAACCGUUUCCAACGAAACAGAAAUUGAAGUCAUAAGUUAUGUGGAAGAGCCUGGACUUGAGACCCUAGAAGAUUCCGUGUUUUGA